AUGGACAAGAUACUGGGGGCAUCAUUUUUGUUUCUGUGGCUUCAGCUAGUCUGGGUGAAUGGACAACAGAAGGAAAAAAUUGACCAACAGCAGGUGAAACAGACCCCUCAAUCUUUGACAGUCCAGGAAGGAGAGAUUUCCAUUCUGAACUGUAAUUAUGAGAACAGUUGGUUUGACUACUUCCCGUGGUACCGACAAUAUCCUGGUAAAGACCUUGCAUUCUUGAUAGACAUACGUUCAGCUGUGAAUAAAAUGGAAGAUGGAAGAUUCACCGUUUUCCUCAAUAAAAGUGCCAAACAGCUCUCAUUGCACAUCGCAACUUCCCAGCCUGGAGACUCAGCCACAUACUUCUGUGCAGCAAGUGCACGGUGCUCCCCGGGCACCUGCAGCCUGUACCCAAACCUGCAGCUGAGGCUCCAGACACACCCUGCUGAUCCUUUCCUCUUAGACAUCGUGUCAGGGCAUAUUCAGAGGAGAACCACCACAUCUGGUAUGGCCCAAAAAGUUACUCAAGACCAGCCAGAUAUAUCCAGUCAAGUGGGGCAGUCAGUCACCCUGAAUUGUCAGUAUGAAACAAGUUGGAGCUAUUACUACCUUGUUUGGUACAAGCAACUCCCCAGUGGGCAGAUGACUUACCUUAUUCAUCAGUAUUCAGAAGACAGUAAUGCAAGGAAUGGCCGCUACUCUGUAAACUUCUGGAAAGCAGAUAAAUCCAUCAGACUCAAUAUUUCAUCCUUAGAGCUGGAAGAUUCUGCAAAGUACUUCUGUGCUCUCCGUGAGCUCACAGUGCUUGAAGUAA